AGAGACAUCUAUACUUAACCUAACAAAUUGUGCACAAUACAGAGACAUCAACAGUAAAUUUAUAAAAAUCUGUCAUUUAAAUAUCCAAAAUUUGUUAUUAGACAUAAGUUAAAAUGAUUUCAUAAUUCAUGAUUAAUAUAAUAAUUGAUAUUUUCCCAAAUGGAUUCUUAUGUUUCGAGAGUUUAUCUAUUUAUUUAUUUUUUAUGACAAAUUUUUAAAAGGAAUAUAAAAACAUAUAUAUGCACAAAAUGAUAUUUAAUUUACGUAUAGUUUUUAUAUUUUUAACAACUAAUAUUUUUUGCUUUGCAUAUGAUUGUUUCUUACAAGAUGAUAAUUAUAAGUGUAGGUUAGGAACAAAAACACCUUAUAGAUUUAUAGCUUCUCACAAUGAUAAACCUAUCGAAUACCCAGGAUGUGUACCAAAAAAGAUUUGGUUGAUCUUAAGACACGGUACACGGUAUCCUGGAAAGAAAUAUGUAUCUCGCAUGACAAAGGAUUUACUAAAAUUAAAGGAAAUUAUAAUAAAUAAUUAUAAAAUGAAUGAAACUAAUUUAUCUCAUGAUAUUAUAGUUAACUUAGCUAAUUGGAAAAUGAGAUUCACAAAAAACGAUACGAUGAAUCUUGCAGAGGAAGGAGAAAAUGAAAUGAUUGAUCUUGGAGAAAGAUAUCAAUCUAGAUUUCCUACUAUUAUGCCAGAAACAUAUGAUAAUAAAACUUAUAAGUUCAAAUAUACUGCGACACAAAGAACUGAAGAAAGUGCUAAAUACUUUGCUGCUGGUUUAUUUGGCUGGUUCAACAGUCAGAAUGUUUGGUAUCCUAAAGCAGAACAUAAAGACCCUGUCUUAAGGUUCUAUAAACUUUGUACUCGCUGGCGUAGUGAAGUUGAUAAAAAUACAUCUGCAAUCAUUGAGAAAGAAAAAUUCUUGAGAAGUGAAGUGUUCAUGAAUACAUUGAAAAGUAUUUCAAAAAGAAUUGGCCAUCCAGUUAAUCAUGAAAUUGUACAUUUGAUUUACACCAUGUGUGGCUUUGAGACUGCAUGGUAUAAGGAUACAGAUUCUCCUUGGUGCAAAUUAUUGUCUUUGGAUGAGUUCAAGGUUGUCGAAUACUCAGAGGAUUUAGAAUAUUAUUGGAUCGAUGGAUAUGGAUACAAGAUCACUUAUGAGCAAGCAUGUGUAGUUUUGAAAGAUAUCUUUAAAUUUUUUUCAGAAGACGAUGGGAUAUUAGCAUCAAUUUAUUUUACACAUUCUGGAACUAUUCUUAAAUUAUUAUCACGAUUAAGAGCAGUACAAAAUACAGUUCCGUUAACGCAUGAUUCAUUUUGGUUACAUGUAGAUAACAGAGCUUGGAGAACUACGUACAUCGAUGCUUUUGCAAGUAAUAUAGCUUUUGUUUUAUAUAAUUGCGAAUCACAAGGACCCAGCAUUCUUUUUAUGCAUCAAGAACGCAUUAAAUAUUUACCAAAUUGUCCUAACAAUAUGCCAUGUCCAUUAUCAAAGAUGAAAGAUUUAUAUUUAAAUCGUGAAGAAGAAUGUUUAUUUGAUGCAAUAUGUAAUUUACCUAAAAACGAUGAAUCAUCAUAGACUUCAUGAAAGAUUAUCAAAUUUAUUCACGACGACAUCAUAGUUAAAAACAUAUCAAAAUUUGAAAGAUAACUUUAUUCUUAUAUAUACUUUCAUACAAAAUCACAAAAGUGAAAUUCAGAUAAUAUGAAUAAAAUGAAAUUUGAAUCGAUAUCUUGUUCGAAGUUCUCAACCUUGGUUGACCUUCGAAUCGGUUACACGCUUUUAUGAUGAAUAGUAGGAGGAAACUAAACAAUACAAAAAAAUAAUAAUAAUAAAAAAGAAACUAGGAAGCAGGGGGAAGCGUUUGAUAAGGGUAUAGGAAGUAUACACAGGGAGGGAGCAGUGAUUUGCGGGUGAUCCCAUGGGUCCGAGACGUAGUGGCCGAUAAAAUAAAUCGUUUUUCUCUCUCUUCCUCCCUUUUUCUCUCUCUUUCUCUCUCGAGAAUGAAAGGCAAGAGGACAAGGCCUGGUCUGGCGCCUCGUGGAUGCCUCGAACAAUAUCGUUAGUAUAUUCCUGUUGUACUGCGCUACGCUCUUCUGUUCUCUUCUCUUCUCUUCUCUUCUGCUCUGUUCUACUCUGGUUGGACCACAGGCGUGCGCUUCGUUCUUGGACGAGCGGAAUUUAUGAUACGCUGCACAUUUAUAUUCCCACACCUACCAUAAAUUUUACUUUACGCGCGUGUAAGUGGCUCCACUUUUGUUCAUAGAUUCCUACGACUGUCAGAUUUAUGUCCUUGUACGUGCUAGGAUUCGACGCUUACUCGAAGGAACGCCUAUGUGUUCCUCAGGGUGGUAAGCAUUUCAAACCCUAGUCAUCGUAUAACUAUAGACUCGAAAAAGUAGAAAGAGAAAGGGGAAGGAAGUUAACGUUCCGAGUGAUAAUAAGACGGUUUACGUGAUCCUUUCAUUUUCGUUCUUUGAACGUAAUCCGGACCUAUCGUUAUUAACAGAAGAAUAUUUUUCUGGCGAGAAUUUCGGCACCUUAACGAAAAUAAAACGAAUUAGGAUUAUCAAACAAAUCGAAGAGGGGUCAUCUAAUAAGAAGAAUUUUUUUGAGAAGUGAACAGUUUCAAACGAUAAAGAAAAGAAGGAAUUAUUUUAAUACUUCCACACAUUAUACGUGCACGACCUAAUUUUGCAAAAUUAAAUUCCCUUGGUAGUUCGUAGUAGGUGAAGCCACGUUGGUAACCGCAUUCACGGAAUGCUUUGACGUAAAUGAUGGAGCAUUUAAAGUGCCAAGGGGAAACAUCUAAUUAAUAAUGCAGAUGUUUAACUCGAAAGAAAAUAUUUCUAAUCCAGCUAAUUAGUCUUUAGUUUUAUUGAUAAUAAUAAUAAUAAUGAUGAUGAUGAUGAUGAUGAUGAUGUGAUGAUGAUAAUAAUAAUAAUAAUAAUAAUAAUAACAAACAUUUCGAGUUUGCAAGAUCCUAAGAUUUGUUUAAAGAUUAUCUUACGAAAAAAGAAUAAAAGAUAA